AUGGCUACCGAUCAGGGCGAAGGGAGCUCGGUGCCUCCCGCCACUGCCACGGAGGUGGAGCGAGUCUUUGCCGAAUGGGAAGAAUGCUUCCACAGGCAUAAGCAGGAGCUACAGGCGCUGAUGUCACCACAACAAGAAUACCAGGCGAAGGUUGACGCUAUUGACGCCCGGAUAACGCAGUGGUGGGCUGCAUACGGCGAGAUGUCUAGCGCUCAGAGGCAACAGGAGCGGGAUAGCCUUGGGCUGUUGUUCGUGGAAAAGUCCAGCCUUGCUGAUCAACAUCGGCAGACACUGGAAGCUCAACAGGCGAUGUAUGAAGGGCGACAAAGAGAAGUCUUUCAGCGACUACACACGACCAUGGAGGGCCUAGUGAGCGUUGGCUUGCCCGAUAAUAGAAAGCGGGAACACGCAGAGUCUCUUAACAAAUCAAAGGACAGUGGCAGUCAAAUUGAGCACACCGCCAGGGAGUCUAACUCAGAAGCCGAAGCCGAAGAUGAUGCUGUGGAAACUAUCAGAGAUUCUGAGAGUGUCUCCGAUGAUGAUAAUUCUCAAGAGGAUGAUUCUCAAGAGGAUGAUUCUGAAGAGGAUACUUCUGAAGAUGAGAAUUCUGAAGAUGAGAAUUCUGAAGAUGAGAAUUCUGAAGAGGAUGAUUCUGAAGAGGAGGGACAUCCAUUUACGGCGAAAGCGAACACAGAAAAGGGUAAAGAACCUAUGCUUGAAACAGAAGAGCAGAACGAGGAAGUACGCAAACGACGCUCGAACAGGAGUUCUCGAUUUUCCACUGGUGGCCGUUUCGGAGUCCGCGCCGCCAAAAUUCUAGGUACUAAAAUGCGAGGACAACGGGGACGACCUCGAGGACGACCCCGAGGACGACCCCGAGGGCGUGGCCGAGGGCGCGGCCGAAGCGAAACCAUGUCGGGGAGAGCUCGAUCAGGAGGCCGUGGAGGUGAAUCCAUAGACGAUACAGUACAAGAAACACUAGGACCCGGUUGGAGGCAGGUUGGCUCUGUUUUUCGACACGGACCGGAGCCCUCUCGUCGUCGGGCGCCCCGAGCGGAGCGAGAUGCUUCAGAGGAAGACAACACGUAUGUACGUCGGGCGCCUGGAAAGGUGUGCCUGGCGUACUUUGGGGACAAUGCUGUUAUGACUCCUAUUCUCAUUUUGCCUCUAAACGACAUGGAGUCUAUCGGAAUUAACGAGAACCUCGCCACCCUUAAUCUGGACCAAGAUAUGCCCAAGUGCUGUCAAUUCAGCUCGCGCUCUCAGAAGUAUCAAUGGGCACGAGGAUAUGAGGACGAUGGGAGGCUCGAAUCAAAUCGGGAAUAUCCAGUCCUAUGCUUGACUAGCUCCCAACUCAAGAAAUGCCCGGCUUCAUGGGUUGCCGGUAGCGACAUGAUCAGUAUUCAUGAUGAUGAGGUGGGAUGGAAGCUAAACCAUCACUACCAUGAAGCAUGCGACGUCCUCCGCAAGAUCAAACCAAGGCAAUCAGAAUCAUCAGCCAGGAAUACAAACGACAUCCAAAAUGAUCAAGAUACAGCUCCAUUUUUGGAGGGGGACGACGGUAUGAGCACAAGCCUUCCUGAAAAGCCCAACUCAAAUCCUGAACCUGAAAGGUCAACUCAGCAAGAGACAUCGCUUGACCCGAACGGUGGACCUUUUUCUGAUGAAACAACAUCUGAAAAUGUAGUUCAUCAAAAUGAGAUUGAGAGUGGAUCAGAAACGCGUAAUGCUGAGAACGGUACGGCUUCCAAGAAUGCAUCAUCAUCCUUUUCGGCCCAGCCAGGCCAAGCACAGCACGAGAGCGGUGGUUUUGAAGAAUCCUACUUGGAGAACCUCGCCCAUACUAGCCUCAACUAUGCUCCUAACAAAGUUAGCAUGAUGGAAAGACAACGGAACACCCUAGCAAGCAACAAGGAGAGGAUCGCCCUUCACCUUCAACCACUCCUCCGAUCGCAGAAGCCCAAGGUCCUGGAGGGGUGA